AUGGUAGCGAAUUUCCUAGAAUAUCUGCGCGGCUCGCAGACGUCGCCCGCCGAGCGCAAACUGGUGCAGAAGCUCGACUUCUUCAUUCUCACCUUCUGCUGCUUGAUGUACUUUCUCAACUAUUUGGACCGCUCCAAUCUGACAAACGCAUACGUGACGGGCAUGCAGCAGGAUCUGAACUUCAGAGGGAACCAGUUGAACCAGAUCAACACCGUUUUCACGGUGGGAUACACGAUUGGACAGAUCCCGUGCAAUAUUGCCUUGUAUUACGUUAAACCGCGCAUCUUCUUUCCAAGCUGCAUGGUAGCAUGGGCUGCGUGCACCAUGGUUACAGCCGCAGCGCAACACCCUCGUGACAUCAUGGCUAUCCGCUUUUUCCAGGCCAUCUUUGAAUCCUCUACUUUUGUAGGCACGCACUACAUUCUCGGAUCGUGGUACACUGGCUCCGAACUCGGAAAGCGUUCGGGCAUCUUCACCGCGUCCGGACUCGCCGGCACCAUGAUCGGCGGUUUCAUUCAAACCGGCAUCAAUUCCUCCCUGGACGGGCGCCACGGGCUACCCGGCUGGCGCUGGCUGUUCAUAGUCGACGGCAUCAUCACGUUGCCCGUCGCCGUCUACGGCUACUUCCUGUUCCCGGACACGCCGCGCAACACGCAGGCACCGUAUCUCUCCCCCGAGGAAAAAACAAUGGCCAUCGAUCGCGUGCCCGAAGUCUCGGAGCGCACGCCCAUAUCCUUGGGGUUCCUGAAACACUGUUUUUCGACGUGGUAUUGGUACUUCUUCACCAUUCUGUGGAUCAUCGCCGGAGAAACGGAAUCGUUCAGCACGAAUUCGCUGCUCGCGCUGUACAUGAAUGCGCAUCCGACCAAUACCUACUCGCGAGCGCAGAAGAACAAUUAUCCGUCCGGUGUUCCCGCCGUGGGGAUCGUAUCGACGCUUUUCUGGGCCACGUUGACGGAUUUCCUGCAGGGGAAACGCUAUCUUGUUGGCUACUGGAUCGGCAUCACAGGCGUCAUAACCUCCGCCCUCAUCCUCGCCUACCCUGAUAACACGACGAUCCAUUUCGCCAUGUACUACUGGGCGGGCAGCGUGUACGCAUGCCAGGCGACCUUCUUCGCGUGGGCCAACGACGUACUGCGAUACGAAGAAGACGCACUCCGCGCUGUAGUGAUUGCGAGCAUGAACAUGGGCUCCAACGCCAUCAACGCAUGGUGGAGCAUCGUGUUCUACGGGGCCAACUUUGCGCCAUACUUUACGAGGGGGAUGUGGGCUAUGAUUGCCGUCAGUAUUGCUAGUAAGUUGGACCUUUUUCGUACUUUUGUUUUCUCGUUGCGCUUUUGCUUGGAAUGUAGCUGA